GUGUUUUCUCUUCUGGCGUGUAAAAGUGAAAAUGCGAGUGGGCGGCGACGAAGCGGCGGCGACGACGAUGCGCGCGAUUUUCUCGCGUGGGGCUGGCGGAACGUUCAAGAUGGCACUGCCAGGCGAUCCACGCCGAUCGACUUGA